AUGUCGUUGCGACCUGAAGAUUUAGUUAUUCUUGAACCUGGUAAUGAUGGAGAUAGUGAUAUAGAUGUAGAAGUCGAUGAACUAUUUGAUAGAAAUGUAUCUGUUGACACAUCUUGUUUAAUACAGAAGGGAAUGAUAUUUGACUCUAAGGAAGAUCUUAUGUUGGCUGUUAAGAGGUAUUGUGUGACACAACACUAUGAAAUUGUUGUAGUCGAAUCAAACCAACAUUUGUGGAAUAUUCGAUGCAAACAGUGGACUAAUGGCUGCAACUGGAGGUUACGUGGUACGAAGCGUAAGAGCCACGGAUUGUUUGAGAUAACUAAGCUCCAAGGAGAGCACUCGUGUCUGUACUCAAAUCUAACACAAGAUCACUCACAGUUAGAUUCAAAUUUCAUGAGUGUUCAAAUUCAAAACAUGGUGAAAGCCGAUCCUACUAUUACUGUGUCUGUGCUUAUGGAAAUCAUAAAACAACAAUACGGUUACGGUGUUAAGUAUGGACAAGUUUGGCAAGCGAAGAAAAAAGCUUUGAUAACAGUUUUUGGUGAUUGGGAGAAAUCAUAUAAUGAGCUUCCAUACUGGUUGAGUGCUGUUGUACAUUAUAAUCCGGGAACUCGAGUUGAUUGGUUUUUUCUUCCAUCCGAUGUACCAGGUACAACCAUUUUUGGAAGGGUUUUCUGGUCAUUUGGUCCUGCAAUAGAAGGGUUCAAGCAUUGUAGACCAUUAAUUCAGAUCGACGGAACCCAUUUGUAUGGAAAGUAUAAGGGAAAAAUGUUAACUGCCUUAUCGAUUGAUGCAAAUGGUCAUAUAUUUCCUCUUGCAUUUGCUAUAGUGGAAGGGGAAAACACGUCUAGUUGGUCAUGGUUUCUUCGUGCACUUCGCGAAUACGUUACUGAUCGAUAUGGUAUUUGCUUGAUCUCUGACAGACAUAGGGACAUUCUUUCUGCCAUUAACAAUGAAGAGGUAGGUUGGAGUGAACCUCGAGCUGUCCAUCGAUAUUGUCUUCGUCAUGUUGCUAGCAACUUCAAUCAGAAAUAUAAAUCAAAGCAACUGAAAGACUUGGUGUUUAGGGCAGGUAAUCAACACCAAAGGCGCAAAUUUAUAAAAAUAAUGAAAGAACUACAACGAUUGAACCCAGAGUGUCUUGAGUUUUUUGAAGAUAUUGACGUGGAAAAAUGGACUCAGUCACAUGACAAUGGGUCUCGAUAUGGGUGGAUGACAAGCAAUGCAGCUGAAUGUAUGAACGGUGUAUUUAAAGGAGCUCGAAUGUUACCCAUCACUUCUUUGGUUAGACUAACAUUUUAUCGCACAAUCCUUUAUUUCGAACGUCGGCGAGCUGAGAUAAGUGAAGCACUCGAUCGUGGUGAUAUUUAUACGAAAUAUGCGAUAAGAAAGCUUAAGAAGUGGGAAAAACGAGCUUCUGCACAUUCAGUGACAUCCAUUGAUAGAGAAACCCAGACAUUUGAGGUUCACACGGGUAUGAGUAUGACUUCUCCAUACAAAGGCCAACACACACAGGUAGUAAGUUUGAUGGAAGGGACAUGUUCUUGCAAUAAGUGGCAGUCGUUUAAGAUUCCGUGUUCGCAUGUAAUUGCAAUUUGUAAUUACAUGCACUUGACAUACGUACCAUACAUUGAUGAAUGCUACUUGUUGUCGACAUUCAAACGUUGUUAUGACGGUCGCUUCCAUCCAAUCCAACACUCAGAUUAUUGGCCAGAGAUAUCAUUCACUGAAGUUCGCCCCAAUGCGGACUUACUUAAAGGACCCGGUCGACCAAGAACUACAAGGAUCCAAAAUGAAAUGGAUUGGAAAGAGUCUAGUCAAUCAAUUAGAUGCACGAUCUGUAAAGUAGAAGGACAUAACAGACGUACUUGUCCUGAACGUGCUUCUUCUUCAAGACACUGA